CGCAUGAUAAUACGAGUCAUUCUAUGGAUGUGUAUCAUGGUGACUCCCUCCACUCUACCUAUGAGCGGGGAAAACGAACGAGGACUGUUGUCGCCAGCUGGCACUACCGUACUGCUGAACGAAUGCAUUACUCCCACGAUGCUGCAGUAUCUUCCACUCUCGCUUUACCUUUCCCUUGUUUCGCUUCCUUUCUACAUUCACUCCGGUUCUCCUAGCGUAGGUAGCAAAGUCUGUUGACUUUGAAUUUCCUUCAUACAAGUAUCUUAUAGUUUCUCCAUACACUCCAUUCUACAAUUACGUCCUCUCUGAAACCCUGUCACAUCGAAAUCAUGCCUCAAAGCGAGUUUCUCCCCCGGCAGUAUGCCCUCGCAGAUUCGAAGUUGAAGACUACCAAUGUCACCCUCCAGUCCACAGACUCCGACUUUCAAUUUACUUUCGAAGCUCUUCAGCCAGGUCUCUUUCGAACUACCUUCUUUUCUCCCACACAUCCACUGCCACCUCAUCCCUCCACAGGACCACGUGCGACCGCCUUUCUGACCGGAAAGUUCUUUGGAAAUGAACCAACCUUAACAUCCACCGAACUACAGAAGAACAUCGUUGUUGGAAAUGUCACAGCUUCAGUCACUUGGACUGACUGUCCCAUGGUCUCCAUACAAAUCGCCGGACAGGAGAAGCCCAUUCACAAAGAUCUUCAAUUCCGUUCAUAUGUCGCAGAUUCUACUGGAGUAGCACAUUACACCCAUUAUAAAAGAGAUACUCUGCACGUGGGUCUCGGCGAGAAAUGUGCACCUAUGGAUCUAUCGAACCGGCAUUUCACAUUGUCGGCUACAGAUUCUUUCGGGUACGACAUAUAUCGUACGGAUCCACUUUACAAGCAUAUUCCGCUAUUGAUUAAUGCCACGCCGGAGGGUGUUGUGGGUAUUUUCUCGAGCUCCCAUAGUCGUGGCACUUACGAUAUUGGAUCGGAAAUUGAUGGGUUGUGGGGACAUUUCAAGGUGUAUCGACAAGAUUAUGGUGGUUUGGAAGAGUACUUGCUGAUUGGAGAUACGAUUCAAGAUGUAGUACGGAUGUAUGCCAAUUUGGUUGGCCACCCGCUCCUGGUACCACGUUGGGCCUUUGGGUACAUAGCUGGAGGUUACAAAUAUGCCGCUAUGGACGAGCCACGAGCUGCAGAUGUCCUGUACGAGUUUGCGGAGAAAUUGAAGAAACACGAUAUUCCUUGCAACGCCCUCCAACUUUCUUCUGGGUAUUCCAUCGCAGCUACUGAGCCAAAAGUACGCAAUGUCUUCACAUGGAACCGUCAUAGGUUCCCUGACCCAGAGGAGUUUCUGGCAAAAUAUCAUCACGAAGGCAUCCGAAUUAUUGCAAACAUCAAACCAUAUGUUCUUGCGGCACAUCCUGACUAUCAGAAGCUCGUGGAUGGGAAGGCUUUGUUCACGAACCCACGAACAAAGCAGUCAGCUGUUGCACGUCUGUGGAGUGCUGGUGGAGGUGAAAGUGUAGAAGGUGGCCAUAUUGAUUUCACUUCUGAUUUGGGGUUCAAGUGGUGGUUCGAGGGAGUAAAGUACCUCCGAACUGCAGGAGUGGAAGGAAUUUGGAAUGACAACAAUGAGUACACCAUCACCGAUGACCUGUGGCAAUGUUCUCUACAGCAUGACAAAGACACCCCAAUCGAAGGUGUAGGAGAUCACAUUGGAAUUUGGGGAAGGGCACUCCACACUGAACUCAUGGGUCAAUCUUCACAUGACGCUCUCCUGGAUCUGGAACCAAAUGUUCGUCCUUUUGUUCUCACUCGCUCGGCUACAGCUGGGACUAUGCGUUACGCUGCGAGCUCGUGGGGUGGCGAUAAUGUUACGACUUGGGAUAGUAUGAAAGGCUCCAAUUCGUUAUCUUUGAACGCAGGUAUGAGCUUAAUACAUGUAAGUUUUCCUUGUUGCAUCACCCUGCUCAUUCAGGAAAUAGCAAUCUAACAAAAUCUAGUGCUAUGGCCACGAUAUCGGCGGUUUUGAAGAUCCACAACCGGUCCCUGAACUGCUCCUCAGAUGGAUUCAACUUGGCUGCCACAGCCCCCGCUUUGCAAUCAACUGUUUCAAGACUGACGAGAAUGAUAACACCAUCGGUGGCGUCAUCGAGCCCUGGAUGUACCCCGAGAUCACACCUUUAAUCCGUGCUGCAAUCAAGAGGCGGUAUGAGAUGAUUCCUUACCUAUAUACCCUUAUGCUGCAAUCACAUCUUAAAGCUGUCCCACCACAGCGCUGGAUAGUUUCUGGAUAUGAAUCCGACCCCGAAGUGUGGUGUGAAGCAUUGAAAGCUGGAGAAAAGCAGUAUUGGCUAGGAGGUUCAUUAUUGGUUGGUGGCGUUUAUGAACCAGGUAUCUAGUCUGCGAAAGUUUACCUUCCAACAAAAGGGAAUGGGGACGAGGGUUAUAUGAAUCUGAAUAAGCCAUUUGGGUACCACGCCGCUGGACAAUGGCUUACCAUCUCGUCCGAGUGGAAAGAAAGUAUUCCUAUUCUUGCACGUAUCGGAUCUGGGAUACCUGUUGGCAAAAGUGUGCAAACCCGUUCUCCAGGCGAUGAAAGAUUUCCUUCACCCAACGCAGUCGAAGAUGAUUGGAGGGCUGUGGAAAUCUUCCCUCCCAGAGGAAGGUCUACUAAGGAGUAUGAGUAUGUCUGGUUCGAGGAUGAUGGCAUUUCCCAAAAGCCAGAAAUUUCAAAGUUCAUACUCAGGUAAUCUUCGACGGAUGACGUGGUUACUGUCUCAUUUGAGAAAGAUGGAAAGUACGAGGCUGUUUGGAAAAAUUUGAGGGUUAUUCUACCGGUCAGAGAUCAGAGAGAGGUUUUCUUGGCAGGAGGAAAUGAAAUAGCGAAGAGGGAGGAGGAGAGCAGAGGAAGAGCUGUUUGGUUUCUUUCUUAAUUAUGAUACCGCUCAAUGGGUUCCGACAGUAAGAAGUGACAGUUUACGGGUUAGUGUCAUAUAUCGCACUCCAAUACUGACCUAGUCAAAAAAUAAAGGCUCACUGAGAUUAGGGUACUUGGUCACAGCUCAAUUCUAUAGUAAUUCAGUAGCUCGAUAAC